AUGUUCAGAUCCGUCUUUAGAAGUGUUGUUAUUUCCAGACCAGUCAGAGUUGUCCCAUUUUCUUUAAGAGCAUACUCUCAACUCACCCCAGAGUCCAUUCUAGCUAGAUCGACCAGUGUCCUCAAGACGUUUGAACUAAAGACCCCUGAGGCGCCAAUCACCAUGGACACCCAGUUUGGUAAGGACCUCGGUAUGGACUCGCUCGACUACAACGAUGCACUAGUUGCUCUCGAGGAAGAAUUUGACGUUGUCUUUGAUGACAAGGUUGCCAACGAAAUCAAGACUGUUGGAGAGGCUGUUGAGUACAUCCAGAAGAACAGCAUGCCAGAGGAAGACAUCCUUGAUAAGGAAAUCCGUUGA